CUUAAUUGUCCGAUCCAGAUUAAGUUCGCGGUCAUCAGCAUCAAUAAACCACUUCCCACAUCAUAUAAUAAUAACCCCUCGCCUAAUUACCUAUCUAUUCCACGAGUUUCCAACAAUAUCCAAAUGAUUAAGCGAAUUACAGUCUCCUUCGUCAUCAUCUUCUUCCUUCUAUCGUCGGCCGUCGGUGCCCAGUCAAGUUCCGGCUCGGUGAAUUCUCCAAAUGCUCCAAUUCGCACUUGGGACGUAUCAUUCGCUCCCGUGGCUGUGGCCCUCGUUUGCGCCUUCGUGUUCAUCGGUUGCUAUGCCAUCUACCUCCACCGCUGCGCCGACUUGGAACUGCCUGACGGAGACCCGACUGGCGCCGCCGCUAAUUGCUGUUCAAGUGGUCAUCAAGGUAUCGACCCAAAAUUACUCGAUACCUUCCCCAUCCUCGUUUAUUCCUCCGUCAAACACCUCAAAUUUGGGAAAGCUACGUUGGAUCAGUGUGCCGUGUGCUUGAGCGAGUUUGAGUCCCACGAUACGCUGCGAUUGCUUCCCAAUUGUGCCCAUGUGUUUCACCCUGAAUGCAUCGACGCUUGGUUGGCCUCCCACGUGACUUGCCCCGUUUGUCGGUCGAGGGUGAAACCGGCGGAGGAGCACCGCCGAGGUGAACACGAAGUAGUGAUAGUGAUUCCGAAUGAGGUUAUUAAUGCACACCAGGUGUUCGAUGAAAGUUCUGUGAGCAGAACAGAGCUUAAUUCAGGAGAAGGAAGAAGUUUGGGAAGGUGUCAUUCAACGGGUCACUGUUUGGGUUUGGGUGAAAUCGGAGGGAACGAUGCGGCGAGGUACAGUCCGACGACUUUGCCGGAGGAUGUAAGGAAACAUAUUCUGGUGAGUCAUGGAGGAAUGCGGCGGUCGGCGAGCUACGAUGUGCUCUGUAGACGGCUGAGUGAUGAAGAGAGCCUUUGAUUCUUUGAAUGGAACUUCCAUUUGUUUCUCAUUCUGUAAAUAAACGGCCGGCGUGAAGGAGAAUUACAUGAAUUGUAUUUCAUGUCAUGUGAAGCACUUUGGCCGUCGUCAUCCUCUGUAGGAAGUGGGAAUGGUAAGCUUGGAGAAUUUCGUUAUGUUAGCAUUGUUAUAGUGUUGUAAAUAUUUUAGGAAUAUUUGUUUUUACGGACUACGGAGCAUGUACAAAGUUA